CUACUUAUCAUCAUCAAGGAGAUCGAAUUCCUGCUUCUCAGACCUGAAGAUGAGUUUUCAGGACUUGGAAGCAGGCCGAUCGCUUCCUUCAAGAAGAGGUCAAGUCAAUGGCUAUCAGGAUCCAACGCAGCUUGUUGCUUCAGGAAUUUUCCAGAUCAAUACUGCCGUCUCCACUUUUCAGAGGCUUGUUAAUACCCUAGGGACUCCCAAAGAUACGACUCAACUUCGACAGAAACUACACAAGACAAGACUACAGAUUGGUCAAUUGGUGAAGGAUACUUCAGCUCAACUUAAACAAGCUAAUGAAAUAGAUCAUCAUGUUGAAAUUAGUACAACUAAAAAAAUCUCGGAUGCUAAACUUGCUAGAGAUUUCCAAGCAGUUCUGCAAGAGUUCCAGAAGGCUCAGAGGAUUGCAGCUGAAAGGGAGACAGCGUAUACGCCUUUUGUUCCUCAAGCAGCUUUUCCUUCAAGCUAUACGGCAGGUGAGAUCGACUUAAAAUUGGAUAAAACUCAUGAGCAACGUGCUCUUCUUGUGGAAUCUAGAAGACAGGAGAUGAUGGUAUUGGAGAAUGAAAUUAUGUUCAACGAUGCUAUAAUCGAGGAAAGAGAGCAAGGUAUAGAAGAAAUUCAGCAACAAAUUGGCGAGGUUAAUGAAAUUUUCAAAGAUCUUGCUGUACUGGUCCAUGAGCAAGGAGCUAUGAUUGAUGACAUAUCCUUCCAUGUUGAAAAUGCUCAUGCUUCAACUGCAGAGGGUACAUCUCAGCUCACUAAAGCGGCCAAAACUCAAAGAGCAAACUCUUCUCUGACAUGCUUGUCGUUGGUGAUAUUCGGAGCUGUGCUUCUUAUCGCUAUCACUAUACUUGCGGCUUGAUCAGAACAUUGCCUCGGCUAGACAGACAGAUUAUGUAAGGUCGUAUAACUUCACCUCUAUCCAUUGAUUUACAGACAAAUAGUGUAUAUAUACAUAUAUAUUGAUAUAAUUCAGGGAGUUUGAUAAUUGAAAAGAACUAUAUACUUGUAUUGUUAGUUGUUACUUCUCUAUUAGUAAUCGAUUAAAUAUUUAUCACA